CGAUUGGCAUGUGCCACCGUCCCUAAGCAGAGAGUAGGGGUGUCUGUUAUUUGCACUGAGGAAAUUUUGCUAAAAAAUAGUUGCUGAGUGUCGUCAGAUACAAAUAUGUUGAUUCAACGAUCUAUGUAAAACAUUUCUUUCCAACAGACCGUGGAAACUAUGCGGACUUAAUCUUCUGUUUCAUCAGCGCAUCUCGCACUCUUCCCUACAACGUUGACUGGAGCCGUCCUAACCGCUGACCUUUUCAAGAUGGCCGUCUGCGACUGCCGCUCUCGGGCUUGCGCACCUCCCCAAGAUGGCGGCGCCCGAGGCCUGGCGCGCCCGGAGUUGCUGGUUCUGUGAGGUAGCGGCGGCAAAGACCAUGGAGGCCACGUCCCGGGAGGCGGCGCCAGCGAAGAGCUCGGCCUCGGGCCCCAGCGCUCCCCCCGCCCUGUUCGAGCUGUGCGGGCGGGCGGUGAGCGCCCAUAUGGGGGUUCUGGAGAGCGGGGUGUGGGCCCUCCCAGGCCCAAUACUGCAAAGCAUCUUACCACUGCUCAAUAUAUAUUACUUGGAGAGGAUUGAGGAAACUGCCCUCAAGAAAGGCCUCUCAACUCAGGCCAUCUGGCGCCGACUAUGGGAUGAACUGAUGAAAACCAGACCUUCCAGUUUGGAAAGUGUGACCUGUUGGCGAGCAAAGUUUAUGGAAGCUUUUUUUUCCCAUGUCCUGCGUGGAACCAUUGAUGUGUCUUCUGACAGGCGUCUUUGUGACCAGCGAUUCUCACCUCUUCUGCAUAGCUCCCGCCAUGUCCGACAGCUCACUAUCUGCAACAUGCUUCAGGGUGCAACUGAGCUGGUGGCAGAGCCCAACCGCAGGGUUCUGGAGACCCUGGCCAGCUCCCUGCAUACCCUCAAGUUCCGCCACCUGCUGUUCUCUGAUGUGGCUGCUCAGCAGUCACUUCGACAGCUGCUGCAUCAGCUUAUUCACCAUGGGGCUGUUAGUCAGGUGUCACUGUACUCCUGGCCUGUGCCUGAGUCAGCACUUUUCAUCCUUAUUCUCACCAUGAGUGCUGGCCUCUGGCAGCCAGGUCCUGGUGGCCCACCCUGUCGCCUUUGUGGAGAGGCCUCACGGGGCCGGGCUCCCUCUCGAGAUGAAGGAUCCCUGUUGCUGGGCUCCCGCCGGCCCCGCCGGGAUGCUGCUGAGCGAUGCGCUGCAGCCCUGAUGGCCUCCCGGCGAAAAAGUGAAGCUAAGCAGACAGCCAGAGCUGCACCUGCCACUCGGGUGACACGCCGGAGCAUACAGGAGACCCUGGCAGCAGGCAGUACAGACCCCAAGAAGGAGCUGCACCCACCAGCCACAUCCUGUGAGGCACUUAGCACCAAGCGGCCACCCUCUGCUCCAGCCACCACCUCCUCUGCCUCCUCCUCUUCCACAUCCUCAUCCAAACGGGGCCCAGCUAGCUCAGCCUCUCAGCCUAAGCCCCUAAAGCGUUUUAAGAGAGCUGCAGGGAAGAAGGGUGCCCGCACCCGUCAGGGUUCUGGUGCAGAAUCUGAAGACCUGUAUGACUUUGUUUUCAUUGUGGCUGGUGAGAAGGAGGAUGGGGAAGAGAUGGAGAUUGGGGAAGUAGCCUGUGGAGCUCUGGAUGGAUCAGAUCCCAGCUGCCUGGGGCUUCCAGCACUGGAGGCAUCGCAAAGAUUCCGCAGCAUUUCCACCUUGGAACUAUUUACAGUUCCACUCUCCACAGAGGCAGCCCUGACACUUUGCCACCUGCUGAGCUCCUGGGUGUCUCUGGAGAGCCUGACACUCUCCUAUAAUGGUCUAGGCUCUAACAUCUUCCGUCUGCUGGACAGUCUGCGGGCCCUGUCAGGCCAGGCUGGAUGCCGCCUGCGAGCCCUGCAUCUUAGUGACCUGUUCUCACCACUGCCCAUCCUGGAGCUGACACGUGCCAUUGUGCGAGCCCUGCCCCUGCUGCGGAUCCUCUCUAUUCGUGUUGAUCAUCCCAGCCAGAGGGACAACCCUUCUGCACCAGGGAACGCAGGGCCCCCUAGCCACAUAAUUGGAGAUGAAGAGAUACCAGAAAACUGCCUGGAACAGUUGGAAAUGGGAUUUCCACGGGGAGCCCAGCCAGCACCAUUGCUCUGCUCUGUACUGAAGGCCUCAGGUUCUCUGCAGCAACUGUCCCUGGAUAGUGCCACCUUUGCCUCUCCCCAAGAUUUUGGGCUUGUAUUACAGACACUCAAAGAGUACAACUCAACCCUGAAGAGGCUGAGUUUCCAUGACAUGAAUCUGGCUGACUGUCAGAGCGAGGUGCUGUUUUUGCUGCAGAAUCUUACUCUGCAAGAGAUUACCUUCUCCUUCUGUCGUCUGUUUGAGAAGCGUCCAGCUCAAUUUCUGCCUGAGAUGGUUGCUGCUAUGAAGGGAAACUCCACACUGAAGGGCCUUCGGCUGCCUGGGAACCGUCUGGGAAAUGCUGGUCUGUUGGCCCUGGCAGAUGUGUUCUCAGACGAUUCAUCCUCCUCUCUGUGUCAGCUGGACAUCAGUUCCAACUGUAUCAAACCGGAUGGGCUUCUCGAAUUCGCCAAGCGGCUGGAGCGCUGGGGUCGUGGAGCGUUUGGUCACCUGCGUCUCUUCCAGAACUGGCUAGACCAGGAUGCAGUCACAGCCAGAGAAGCAAUCCGGCGGCUCCGGGCCACAUGCCACGUGGUUAGCGACUCAUGGGACUCAUCCCAGGCCUUUGCAGAUUAUGUCAGCACCAUGUAAUGGGGCCCAUGCCUCAAAGGCCCAUGCUUAGUGCUAUCAGCUUAUAAGGGCUGAGGCAUGGGCUGCCCACAACUCCAACUCUGUCUGUCACUUUUUUUUUCUUUGCUUUUUUUCCCCCCCCUUCCUUUGCACUGAGGUCUUGGAGGCCUUGAUGGGGCCCAGCAAAAGCAUUUUUCCAUAGCUGGGUUGAGAACUUUUUGGACCCUUACUCAGUACCCUGUGAACCUUGGGCUUAGAAGUUAAAAUGGUCAUCCAUCACUAAGGGCAACUCCUUUAGUGUGCCCCAGGGUUCCUGCUUUCCCUCCUCCAGCUAAGUAUUGGGCUUUAGAGAAGUUAGGAAUGCCCACUGCCAGGUCUCUUCUCUGCUGGGUUUACCAUGCUGCUCCCAGGCCUCAGUCCCUUUCAUGCCUUUCUUUAUUCCUUUUUUUUAACCAAAAUUUUUUCUUAUAAAAUAAAUUUUGGGCAAACAUCA